UGUCUCCAGCCCUUGGUAUACACUUUGUGUCGUAAUGGGUUCAAAGCAUUUCCUCUGGUUUUGACAGGACAAGGUUGCUUUCUCUUCCACAACAAAGAUUCCCGUGAGUUCUCGUCCAGUUUGGGGAAAGAUGAGUUCCAUAACUUCAGCAACUCCAAUCACCAAGAGGCUUGAAGGCAAGGUGGCAUUGAUAACAGGUGGUGCAAGUGGCAUAGGAGCUUGCACGGCAAGACUUUUUGUCCAACAUGGAGCUAAAGUCCUCAUUGCUGACAUCCAAGAUGAUCUUGGGCACUCCUUCUGCCAAGCAUUUGGGCCCCAAGAAACCAUCUCUUAUGUCCAUUGCAAUGUAACCUGUGACUCUGAUGUUCAAAACGCAGUGGAUACAGCUGUUUCCAAGUAUGGAAAGCUCGACAUCAUGUUCAACAAUGCUGGAAUUCCAGGUGACAGAAAAUCAGGUAUUCUAACAUGCGAUAACGAAAACUUUAAGAGGGUCCUUGAUGUCAAUGUCUAUGGUGGAUUCUUGGGUGCCAAACACGCUGCCAGGGUAAUGAUCCCAGCAAAGAAAGGGUGUAUCCUCUUCACUUCAAGUGUGGCUUCAGUAUUGUAUGGUGAAUUGGCACAUGCAUACACCGCAUCUAAGAAUGCUAUUGUAGGCUUGGCCAAGAACUUGAGUGUGGAGUUGGGGCAAUAUGGGAUUAGAGUAAAUAGCAUUUCACCCUAUGCAGUUGCAACCCCUUUGCUUACUGAUGGUUUGAGUAUGACAAAGGAGGCUGCUGAGGAAUUGGUCGCGUCAGCAGCAACCUUAAAAGAUGUGGUACUGGAACCAGAAGAUGUUUCACAGGCAGCCUUAUAUCUUGCUAGUGAAGAGUCCAAGUAUGUUAGUGGGGUUAACUUGGUCAUUGAUGGAGGUUAUAACCUUACCAACCCCUCAUUUUCAAUGGCAUUGAAAGCCAACUUUUCUAAAUUUUAAUAGGCGAGGUUCUGAAUGUCGACAACCUUAACAUUGCUAUGACUGCUUUUGAUAUUACUGCCUGUGAAUUGAAUAUUCUGUUCUGGUUAUA